CCAUUGGGUUAUGGAAUUGGAUAUUCGUAAUCAGACAGUCGGCCCAAAUCAGAAUAGGGGUUUAAUUUAAAUAUUGUUGCUUUGUGUCAAGAAAAUGUUUAAUAGGGGUGCAAUAUGAUAAAUGCUUUAUUUAGAGGGUGCAAUGUAUGAAAUAACUAUAGUUGAGGGUGCAUAGUGCCAAUUAGCCUAAAUUAAAACACCGGUCUCUCUUUACUCUACUGCGAUUCGCCGGCGACCACCGAUGGAGCACCGCCUCCUCGCCGACGUCGUCUCCAAACUCGGUAAAUUCCCUAUUCUCUCUCCUAAACUCACAGACGCCGCUCUCUCUCUCAUCACCAACCCAUUUACCUCCGACGAGACCCUUACUUCCCUUCUAGAAACCCUAGUAGCGCACCUCCAAAACCCUGAUAUUAACCAUGCCAUACUAUUCUCUCUUCUCUCCGCUCUAUCAAACCACCACCCCCGCCUACGCCGCCGUAUUUCCGCCGCCGCCCAUGCUUUCGUCCUCCUCCCGACCACCGCCACCCCCACCUUGCCGCACGCUCUUUCCCUCAUCGAACCGGCCGAGCCAACUCCGUUCGACCCGUUCUCCGACGAGUCAAUGUUCCUUUCUCUCUGCUUCUGGCAGUGCGUGAAAACAAGGAGAUGGACACUGAGAAAUGUAAGUAAGUUUCACGUCAGGCCGUCGGUGUUUCUUACUGUACUCCUGGGUUUAACGAAGGAUCCGUAUCCGUAUAUUAGGGAAGCUGCAUUGGAUGGUUUGGUGAUGUUGAGUAAUGGUGGUAUUGUGGUGGAUGAUCGGAGCUUGAUUGAAUGCUGCUAUUUUCGCUCCGUGGAGCUUCUGUUCGAUGCGGAGAACUCGGUGCGAUGUUCGGCUGUUCGUGCGGUCAGUGCGUGGGGGCAGCUGCUCGUGGCAUUGAGCCCGGAUAAAACUAAAGCAGAUUGGUCCGAUGCAUUAUUUGUGCAGCUUUGUUUAAUGGUGAGAGAUAGGGAGAUGGAGAUAAGGGUUGCUGCCUUUAGUGCACUUGGAAACAUUCGAACCGUUUCUGAGGAUAUCCUGAUGCUAACCCUAGCUAAAAAGGCUUUGUCGGGAACCAAUGAAAAAACAUUCCCAGGCCAGUACACUGCUAAGUUAUUUAAGUUACCUGCAACUGCUGCUGUAUUUAUUUUCGUUAAUGGAUUGGAGGAUGAAUUUUACCAGGUGAGGAAAUCUGCUUGUCAUGCUGUGAAGAAAAUGACAGUCCUCUCUGCUAAAUUUGCUGGUGAGGUUGUUUAUAUAUUGAUGCAGAUACUAAAUGAGGAUUCAGUGGUUGUACGUUUACAAGCUCUUCAAACUCUGCAUCAUAUGGCUAUGCAUGACCAUCUCAAAGUCGAAGAAUCUCACUUAGACAUGUUCUUUGGUGCUUUAGUCGAUGGCAACGCCUUGAUAAGGUCUGCUGCGAGGAAGACUAUUCAGUUAACUAAGUUUCAGAAGUUGGCAAUGUUUAGAUCAUGCAUUGAUGUUCUUAUAAAGAACUUGGAACUCUGUCCACAGGAUGAAGCUGAUGUAUUUUAUGCUUUAUAUAAAAUUGGUCGAUCGCAUGGAAAAUUUGUGACCAAAAUCAUACAUGAGGUUUCCCAAGAGUUAGAGCCUUCUCCUUAUGGCAAGUUGGGGUUUACCAAAGUGAGGACCAUUGCAUUAUUGGUGCUGGCCAUCUCAGCUCCAGUGUCACUGGAAAGGCAGAUCUCCACUAUUCGUCCAGAAAUAUAUUCGUACGCGGUUACACUAUUGGGUAGAUUAACCCGUGGUCUUGGUGGUUUGACGGACCAGAAUGCCCUUUUAGAUUAUUUAUCUCACUGUAGCAGAUUCACCGUUGGCUCUACUUCUGAAUCUUUUGGAGAAGUACUGGAUUUUCAUUUGAAGGAUAGUUAUUUUCAAUUACAGAAAAGGAGUGGUAAAAUCUCUUCCCUUUUUUUCCUGUGCCAAAGGAAUUUACCCCCACACUCAUGCUUGCUGAAUUUCCAUGUUUCAGAAACAACCUGUGUGGAAAUUGUCUUCCAAAAAAUUGUAGAUUUAUGGCCACUGAUACAACUUGGAUGCAUGAAUGAAGUAAUUCGAACAUUGAGAAGUUGGAAAGAAGAGCUGCAAUUUUUUUCUUUGGACUCACGACCACCUGCUGGUGUCUUGGUUUUUGCUUUGAAAUACUUGCACGUCAUAAAAUUGCUCGGAAAGGCUUGGGCAUGCUAUUUUUCUAAGAGAAAUCUCCACUUCAAUGGGAUAGGAAUUUUAGAGGCUCUGUUGUGUAAAACGGAAAGGAGGCUAAAAGAAAUGCUACACAGGUUCACAGGUCUGAGCAGAGGGGUGGAAAUGCAUAUCCUAGAGCUAAUGCUUGUGACUUAUACAUUGCGAUUACCUUAUGGAGGAGGGACAAUCUUUUUUGAGGAUUAUACCAGCAAGGUUAAUUCUGUGUUUUGUCGUGUGGAAAACCUCGGUAAAGAAGAAUCAACUCAACCUUUUCCUUUUCUAAUUGAUCUUCAAAAUAUUUCACAUGAAAUCGGCAACUCGAGAGAUGGGUUCAUUCACAAGCCGGAACUGCUUCAGAAGUCUCUUAACCUUUUCUCCCUGAAACAAAUUGUGGUGUCUGAAAAACUCGACUACCUUGAUGCGGAAAUUGAUGUUUUCGACAACGAUUUUCAAAACCCUCUUCCUUUCAUUUCAGGGCUACCUGUCGGUAUACCGUUUGACAUCACCUUGCACAACAUUUCUCUUGGGACCCGAUUGUGGCUUGCGAUAACUGAUGGUGAAAAAUCAACUCAGUUUGUUUUCCUGGAUUUGCAUGAGUUUGGAGGUUGCAAUGAAAUAAGGAAGUCCGCAUUCGUCGCUCCUUUCUUUAGGACACCGAAAGUGAAACACUUCGUAUUGAAGGUUUCUGUUGUCAUGGAAUGCUUGUCCGAGGGUCAACAUUCUAAGCAUCUCAACGGGCCAAAACAAAAUUUUAUUUACCUUUCCAACGGAAAAGAAAUUCAUCUAUCCACGGCUGAAAAAUAAUUGGCAGUAUCGUAUGGCCUCUUGCUUAGACUUGUCCAAAAAUCUGUGUUGGCCGCUUGCUUAGACUUGUGGAAAUCUCGGUGAUACUCCGUUAGUUGCGGCUUUAAAAAUUUGUGGUGGGAAUAUAAGACGAUUUUCAAGAUAUUCUGCCAAUAAUCCCAGAGCCCUGUACCAUGUUAAAACAGAGCCCUCUACUUCGGUGUUGGAAAAUACACGAAAGUUAUAGGUUGCCACCGAUGCAUCUCUCUGGGGGGCAUGUUCUCUCAAGGUAAAUGAAAAAGAAAUAAAGGGCAGGCGAUUCCACGUGUUCUGCAAUGUGUAUCAAUCAGUAAGGAUGAUGAGUCGACCCGAAGAGCAGCUAUAAUGUACAGCUUCAAGCCCUGCAAACAUCUGUCGAGCACUCUCAAAGAAGUUCUAAACACGAAUUCACUUGUUUUCGCCAUUAUUCAGUACAUCGUAGUUUGUGCUCAGGAUUAAUCCAUUUAUUAUCGAAUUUCAGAAAUAAACUCAGAAGUGGAUCAACAUACAGUAUUUAUUCCUUAUGCUUACUAGACCAGCUUCACGAAAAGAAUUAGCAAGUCUUUAGAUAUAUAGUACAUUGUUAUACGAACAUGUGGUUUCGAUGAAAUCAAUAA